AUGGCAGAUAGAAAUAUCACUUUGAUCAAAGACUUAGACAAUAUGAGGGAUGAUUACACACUAAAAGUGUGUAUCAUCCGGCUGUGGAGAUCAAUUUCCGAAGUUAACCCCACUAUUGUCAAAUCAGUUGAAAUGCUAUUAAUGGAUGAGAUGGGUACAAAAAUCCGAGCAAGUGUCUACCCAAGAGAUUUCCAAAGGUUUGAGUCCAAACUGAAAGAAGAUCAAGCUGUUUACAUCCGAUCCCCCACUAUAGCUCCAAACAGAUACACUUUUAAAAUAAGUGAUGUAACCUCCAAGUUAAACUUGCAUGGACGAACAAUUGUUCAUGAGUGUCUACAAUUUCAAUCCAAAACAACAUAUGAGUUUUCUUGUGUUUCGUUUGAAAGCAUUAUCUCUACAACAGCUACAUAUGUUAUUGGUGAAGUUGUUUCAUUAGGAAAGCUUGAUUCCCGUGAUGUCAGUAAAUCUCGACAUAGGCUAACUUUACAAAUCAGAAACUUAGAAGGUUUGCAGGUUAACGUCACAUUGUUUGGAGAUAUUGCAUACCAAUUGAUUUCGUAUCUUGAAGCUCAUAAACAAGUUGGUCGUGUGGUUGUUAUUGUGCAGUUUGCAAAACUUAAUGUUGGGAAAUUUAUAAUUGUUGGGACCAUUUAUGGUAUCCGACAAGAUAUUGAUUGGUAUUAUGAUGCGUGUUCAAACUGUGGAAAGAAAGUUGAUCCAAGAAAUGUGUUCAACGGUCGAGAUAGCGGUGAUGCAAGUGUGGUUGUUGAAUGCUAUAAUGAUAAGUGUAUAAAUAAGGAGAUAUCUUCAGUUCCAAGGUAUAAAAUACCUAUUCGUGUCCAAGAUGAUUCUGGAACAAUCACACUAACUCUGUUUGAUAGAGAUGCUUAUAAACUCUUCAAAAUACGUGCAAGUGAUCUCAUAGAGAAAAUCAAACAGGCUGGGGAUACUCCAAGAUUGUAUCUUUAUGACCUCAAAUUUCUGGAGCAUAAAAAGAUGGCAUUCAAGGUAGAUGUUAAUAGUUUUAACGUAUCCAAUAACUACAAUCGGUUUGGGAUACUUGGCUAUACGCUUGAUAGUAACGUUAUCAAUGCUUUGGAAAAAAAGUUAGCUGUUGAGGCAGGUAAUUCUGGAAAUGCUGAUGAUACAGAAAUCGCAUCUCACGAAGCAUCUCACGAAACGAAGUCGUUAAAGGACGCGAUCUCACAGACCGGUGAUAAUUUGACCCCUUCCAUGCCUGACAAAUCUGAAGCUACAAGUCCGUUCAAUGGUAAAAAAAACGAAACGAUGGAGAUACCAUUGAUGUUGAUGAGUGUGAUAAUGUGA